AUGGAAUUGAGUACAAAAAAGACAGACAAACAGAGUCGACUGGAUAAUGUGACAAAACCACCACCGCAGCCACCGCCAGAUGGCAGUAAAUACACUGUGCCAUCAGAGAAGGAACCGUAUGACUUCGUUGCGAAUCGAGUUCCACGGAAAAGAAAUAAUUUUCUAGAAGCAACUGGUCACCUUAUAAAGGGAUGUCUUGGAGGGGGUAUUCUUGGUAUCCACGAAGCCUUUAUGAAAUCUGGACUUUGGACGUCUCUAUUUGUAUCCGUUAUCUUUGGAAUUUAUAUCUCCUAUUGUUUACACAUGUUAGUAAGUGCCGCCCAGAAGUUGUACAAAAUGUUACACGUCCCAGAAAUGUCGUAUCCGGACGUAGCGGAGGCUGCUUUACAAGUGUGUCCCUUCCCCUCAAUAAGAAAAUAUAGUAAAUGGUUCAGAUACGCCGUGGAUUUAACAAUUUGUAUAGACUUGUUUGGGGCCUGCUGCGUCUACCAGAUCAUAAUAGCGAAGACUGUAAAAGAUAUAAUAGAAAAUACACAUGACACCCAAGAGGUUGUUGACUUGAACAGGUUAAGGCUGUAUAUUUUGGCCUUAUUGAUACCUAUAUUACUGCUUUGUAUGAUAAGAUCGUUGAAGUACUUGGCCCCGUUUACGCUGGUUGCUGAUGUAUUUAUUGUGGCCUGCGUAGUUGCAACAAUAGUAUAUGGAUUGCGAACAGCGCCACCUAUCGCCACUGUACCAGGUUGGAAAGAUGCUUUAGGCUUUUUUGAAUUUUGCGGUAUCGUUGUGUUCAGUAUGGAAGGCAUUGGAGUGAUAUUGCCUAUAGAGAAUAAUAUGCAGAAUCCACAACAAUAUCUAAUGGUAAUAACAUGCGGUAUGACAAUAGUACUCUUGUUUCUCAUAACAGUUGGGUUUUUCGGAUAUUGGGGCUUUGGUGAAAAUUCUAUAUCGCCGGUCACCUUGAAUUUUCCCUCUGACUUAUUUCCAACAGUCCUCAAAGGCUUGAUGGGUGUCAUGAUCUUUGUAACUUUUGCCCUCAACUUCUGGGCGCCUUUCAACCUCGUCUGGCAUUAUGUAUCAAAGAAGCAUGACCCGAAGAAACACUGGAUUUGGGAGAGAGUAUACAGAGCAGGUUUUAUUGUUACUAUAACAGCGAUCGCUAUAGGCUUUCCCAAUAUUGGAAACCUUAUGGGAUUGCUUGGAGCGUUCGCUCUAUCAAACAUGGGCUUCAUAUUCCCAGCGAUAAUCGACUUGCUGGUGGUAUGGGAGAAGCCAGGUCUAGGGAAAUGGAAGUGGCGACUCUGGAAGAAUAUUUUUAUAAUAAUUGUUGGAAUCCUUUUGUUCUUCGCCGGAACGUAUUCCAAUGUUAAGGGAUUGAUAUUACAUUUGUAG